AUGGCGGCCCCCAUGGUGCGGCACGGGGUCCUCCUGGCGCGGAAAGUGCCGCUGCCUCGGCUCUCCCUGGCAGGUAAACGAUGUCUGCUUUCUGCAGCGUACGUGGACAGCCAGAAGUGGGAAGCAAGAGAAAAAGAAGACUGUCACCUCGCUGAUCUGGCAUCUUUAAUGGAUAAAACAUACGAGAAAAAGUUGCCUGUUAGUUCUUUAACAAUAUCACGGUUUGUGGACAACAUUUCAUCUCGAGAAGAGAUAGAUCACGCAGAGUAUUACCUUUACAAAUUCCGGCACAGCCCCAAUUGCUGGUACCUGAGAGACUGGACUAUCCACACCUGGAUUAGGCAGUGUCUAAAAUACGGUGCACAAGACAAGGCCUUAUAUACCCUCGUAAAUAAGGUUCAAUAUGGAAUUUUCCCAGAUAAUUUUACAUUCAAUUUACUGAUAGAUCAUUUCAUAAAGAAAGAAAAUUACCAAGAUGCUUUAUCCGUGGUUUUUGAGGUCAUGAUGCAAGAAGCCUUUGAAGUACCUUCCACCCAGCUCCUCUCUCUCUAUGUUUUAUACCACUGCCUGGCAAAGAAGACAGAUUUCACUUGGGAAGAGGAGAGGAACUUCGGUGCAUCCCUGUUACUCCCAGGCUUGAAGCAGAAGAACUCAGUGGGUUUGAGUUCCCAGCUGUAUGGCUAUGCACUUCUGGGGAAGGUGGAGUUGCAGCGAGGGCUGCGGGCUGUGUACCACGACAUGCCUCUGCUGUGGCAACCAGGCUACCUUGACAGAGCCCUUCAGGUGAUGGAGAAGGUGGCCUCCUCCCCAGAAGAGGGAAAGCUGUGCAAAGAAGCGCUCGACGUGCUGGACAGAGCGCUGCAGGCUCUGACGGCUCCAGCCCCGGAGUCCUCAGAGGAACAGCCUCAGGGAGGGGAAGACAGCAAGGGCCCCGAAGAGCUGGUGGAGCAGUUGGACGUGGAGGAACCCGAACAGUCCAAGCUUCCCCGCUACCUGGAGCGAUUUAAGGCCUUACAUUCCCAGCUCCAGGCUCUGGGCAAAGUUGAGUCAGAGAGCCUUUUGAUGCUGACCACCCAGCUCAUCAAAGCCCAGCUGCCCGCCUGUGAAGCAGAGGACAUCGCCACCUACGAGCAGAAGCUGCAGCAAUGGCAUCGGGAUUUGCUUUACUUGAUUCAGAGGGAACAGGAGUUCAGGGAGAAGGCGAAGCGGGAGCACCUGGCUCAGCAAGCAGCAAAGGCAGCUGCCUAA